UAGCCGCCGCAGCCGCCGCCCUGAGCACUUCGAGCCUGCGGACCGCUGGCAGUCCCGGUUGGAGCAGGCUCUCCCCACUGCGGCCCAGCCCCCAGACGGCUCUCCUCGCGGACCCGAACCUGCAGUAGUAGCUUCAUAGCUGGCACGGAGACCGCACCACCUCGUCCGGUCGCCGUCGCGCACCCUCCAACCCUGUCCUUCACCAAGCUGGCCUGAGCCUAGCCAAUGAAUUUGGGGAAGACAAACUUCCAAGACAGACAGAUGAAGGUUUAGGGCCCAGCAGAAGACAGCUCAGCGAUGGCUCCCAUUUUUGGAGACGCAGGCGAAUUUGAGCUCACGGGGAGGUUUGGUCGACUCCUCUCGGGACGAGAAAGGGCUUAAUUUCUGUGCCUCGGUAGCCCCUGCUUCUGAGGAGUGGAUGGGUGUAUGGAGCAGGGCAAGUGCCUUACCUUCUUGAAAACUUGACCCCGGACAUGUUUGGGGCAGAAGGUGUCCAGGAGGGCCCUCUGUUACAACUUUGUCUUUGCUUCUGGGGGAGAGGCUAUGAGCUGCCUAGCUUCUCAUGACCGGGAAGUCUCCCUCACCUUUUCUGUACUCCUGGAGGGGCGUCUUGCUCACUUGUUUACCAGCUUCUGGGACAAGGAAAAGAAAAGAAAUGAGCCGUCAGACUGCAACAGCAUUACCUACUGGAACCUCAAAGUGUACACCGUCCCAGAGGGUGCCUGCCCUGACUGGCACGACCGCAUCCAACAAUGACUUGGCGAGUCUUUUUGAGUGUCCGGUCUGCUUUGACUAUGUCUUACCACCCAUUCUUCAGUGUCAGAGUGGCCAUCUUGUUUGUAGCAACUGUCGCCCAAAGCUCACAUGUUGUCCAACUUGCCGGGGCCCGUUGGGAUCCAUUCGCAACUUGGCUAUGGAGAAAGUGGCCAAUUCAGUACUUUUCCCUUGUAAAUACGCCUCUUCUGGAUGUGAAAUAACUCUGCCGCACACAGAAAAAGCAGACCACGAAGAGCUCUGUGAGUUUAGGCCUUAUUCCUGUCCGUGCCCUGGUGCUUCCUGUAAAUGGCAAGGCUCUUUGGAUGCUGUAAUGCCGCAUCUGAUGCAUCAGCAUAAGUCCAUUACAACCCUGCAGGGAGAGGAUAUAGUUUUCCUUGCUACAGACAUUAACCUUCCUGGUGCUGUUGACUGGGUGAUGAUGCAGUCCUGUUUUGGCUUUCACUUCAUGUUAGUCUUGGAGAAACAGGAAAAAUACGAUGGUCACCAGCAAUUCUUUGCAAUUGUACAGCUGAUAGGAACGCGCAAGCAAGCUGAAAAUUUUGCUUAUCGACUUGAGCUAAAUGGUCAUAGGCGGCGAUUGACUUGGGAAGCCACUCCUCGAUCUAUUCAUGAGGGAAUUGCAACAGCCAUUAUGAAUAGUGACUGCUUAGUCUUUGACACCAGCAUUGCACAGCUUUUUGCAGAAAAUGGCAAUUUAGGCAUCAAUGUAACUAUUUCCAUGUGUUGAAAUGGCAAUCAAACAAUUUCUGGCCAGUGUUUAAAACCAAUGCAUUCAGUUUCACAGAGAAUAAGGCACCCAUCUGUCUGCCAACCUGAAACUUUUGGUAGGUGGAAGCUAGACACAUGAAGGUAAAUUAAAGGAAAGGCUGUUAAAUACAGGAAACAGUUGCAUGUAGUAACACUAAUAUAUUUAAAAAUAAGUCAACAGUAAACCACUGAAAAAAUAUAUAUAUAUACACCCAAGAUGGGCAUCUUUUGUAUUAAGAAAGAAAGCAUUGUAAAAUAAUUCUGAAUUUGUGUUUGUUGUAGAUUGAGUGUACUGUUGAAAAAUACUGGGUUUUUGUUUUUUGUUCUGUUUUUUGCGUGCGUGUGUGUAUGUGUGCGUGAGUGUGUCUGUGUGUGUUUGGUUUUUUGUUUUUUUUUCCUUUAACUGACAAGCCAUGUUGAGUGGUCUUGGACCACUGCUUUUCCCCUAUGUGAGUCAAUACAUAGUGCUGCUGUGUGUGUAUUAUUUUUUUGUGUGUGUACUUGCUAAUUUUUAUUAAUUCUAGUUUUUCAUUAAAUAAAUUUGACUUUCUUUUCUGUAAUUCAGGUUUUUCCUCACUUUUUUUGUACCUUUUUAAAGUUAGUCUUUUUGAUAUGCAUAAUUGUUUAUGGUAAAUUUAUAUAUAUGUUCAAUACAUAUUUUCUUUUCCCCCAUUAAUCAGUUCAUUAGAAGUAUUUUAAAUUCGACUAUUUUGUGAAGAUAAGAGUUCCAGAAAGGAAGGAUAACAUUGGAAGAAUUAUCAGAAGCUAUUUAAAGCAGCUAUAAGAUGGUCUGUCUCUCUCUCUCUCUCUCUUUCUCUCUCUCUCUUCUCUCCAGUUGAGUCAUACCUUCAGAUUUAUUCUUUGAAAGGUUUUAGGGCAUACUGAUUUUUUUUAAAUACUGGAAAAAAAAUCAGGCUCUCCUCCUCCCCCCAAGUAUCUUGGACAAAUCACAUAUGUUUAAAAUUUGUUCUUGUAUUUAUUGGUUUUGCAAAAGAAGGCAUCGUCUUACACAGUAUUUGUAAUUAAAAGCAAAUCAUUUGUUUAAAAAAAGGCAGUUUGCAAAAAAAAUGUUUUUGGUCUUUUAUAAUUCCAUUAAAAGAAUAUCUGGCAAAUUAAAAA